AUGGAUAAGGUGGAGGAAUUCAUUAACCAGGAGAAGACCCUGAAGGCUAUGAUUAGCACAAUAAAGCCUCAGGAACCGGCCUCGGAGAAGAAGAAGGAACCGAAGAAAGCAGGGAAGGAGGGGCCGAAGCCGGUCAAAAGAUUUUCAGACUACAACUUCACUCCCAUCAAUGUGAGAGUGGCAGAGGUUCUUGUGGUGAUAAACAAGGACACAGAUUUUCAUUGGGCCUCGAAGAUAACAGGGAAUCCCUCUCCCCGCAACAAAGAUAAGUACUGCGAGUAUGAUGAAGCGAUAGGCCACACUACCAAGGUAUGUAUAGCUCUAAGGAUGUUGAUUGAGAAAUUCAUUGUGAAUGGGAAGCUGAUCCGGUUCUUAGGAGAGCAGAGGGCUCAACAGGCACAAGAUUGGCUGAGAAAAGAACCUCGAGACCAUUGUCCUCAGAAUUAUGAGGCUUGCAAAUACCCGCCUAGGGACAAAGGAUUCUCUGGAGGAGGCGGAUCCAACUCGGCUAGGAAAGCCUAUGCUCGGCGGGUGAAGAACCCGAAGGUGUACUCAAUAGAAAGGCCCUUGAAGCUCCUGAGGAAAGAGCCAUUGGUGAUCAGGUUCUCAGAUGAUGACUAUGAAGGGAUCUCUUGGCCCCACAGCGACGCCUUAGUGGUUGCGCUGGCGAUAGCAAACCACAACGUUCAUCGAAUCCUGGUGGAUAUCGGGAGUUCGACGAACAUACUGUAUUGGUCGGUAUUUGAGAAGUUGAAGUUGAAGUUGAAGUUGAGCCGGGAUAGGAUAGUCCCGAUCAAAUUUCCAUUAAUGGGAUUUGCGGGUGAGUAUGUACACCCAGUAGGAUUAAUUGAGCUUCCACUGACAGCCGGAUCAGUCCCGAAGCCGGCGACCGUCAUGGUCAAAUUCUUGUUGGUAAACCGUCCAUCGGCAUACAACGCCAUUAUAGGGAGAACGAUUCUUAACCAGCUUGGGGCUGUGACCUCCACCCCGCACCUCAAAAUGAAUUUCCCCCCAAGAAUCGAGUCGGUGAAGUUAGAGGUAACCAGUGGGAAGCUCAACAUUGCUAUAGUGUGA